GCUGCUACCUGAGCUGGUUCGGCUUCGGGGUGCGCUAAGAAGAUGGAGGCGCUGCUGAGUCGGGAGCUGGGCUGCAGCUUCGUGCGGACCACCGGGCACUCGGGGGGCGGGUGCAUUAGCCAGGGCCAGAGUUACGACACCGACAGAGGACGGGUGUUUGUGAAAAUGAACUCCAAGUCGGAGGCUAAAAGAAUGUUUGAAGGUGAGAUGGCAAGUUUGAGUGCCAUCCUAAAAACAGGCACAGUGAAAGUGCCCAAGCCUCUCAAGGUUCUUGAUGCCCCAGGAGGUGGCAGCAUGCUAGUGAUGGAGCACUUGGACAUGCGCUAUCUCAGCAGUCAUGCUGCAAAGCUCGGAAGCCAGCUAGCAGAGCUCCACCUGCAUAACAAGAAGCUUGGAGACGCGCUUCAGAAGGAGGCCAGCACCGUGGACAAGGUUGUUUCUCUUCUGAGGAAAGGAGGCGGGCAGGUGGAACUGCCUUUCGUGGAGCAGUUUGGGUUUGACGUGGUGACCUGCUGUGGAUACCUCCCCCAGGUCAAUGACUGGCAGGAGGACUGGGUGGCAUUCUAUGCCCAGCAGCGCAUUCAGCCCCAGAUGGACAUGGUGGAGAAAGGGUCUGGGGACAGGGAGGCCCGUGAGCUCUGGGCUGCUCUGCAGUUAAAGAUCCCAGGCCUGUUCCGGGAUGUGGACAUCACUCCAGCCCUGCUCCACGGAGACCUCUGGGGAGGAAACGUAGCUGAGGAUGCUUCUGGGCCCAUCAUUUUUGACCCGGCUUCUUUCUACGGCCACUCAGAAUAUGAGCUGGCAAUAGCUGGCAUGUUUGGGGGCUUCAGUAGCUCUUUCUACUCCGCCUACCACAGCAGAAUCCCCAAGGCUCCAGGAUUUGAGAAGCGCCUCCAGUUGUAUCAGCUCUUUCACUAUUUGAACCAUUGGAAUCAUUUUGGAUCGGGCUAUAAAGGGUCCUCCCUCAACAUCAUGAGAAAUCUCAUCAAAUGAACUUGUUUUCUCUGGGGGUGAGGGUGGGGGGAGACCUCUGAGGGGUCUGCCAAGGGCCUCAAGUUCAGGGGUACCAGAUCCUAACCAGAGGUCUGUUUGCUCCAAAGUCCUCUACAGGACUUCUUGUUCACUUCUUCAUACCCCUGGAAAGCUCUUGACCAAUAUUGCAAGCCUUAUAAAGUGCACACUAUUUUAGAAGAAAGGUUUUUUUCAUCCUAAAGUUGUACAUUUUGUUGGACAUAAUUAUAGCUAAAGUUGCACUAGAAAUAAUGACUUGGGACUGUAGGAUAGCUCACUGGGUUUGUCAUGUGUGCCCCAGUGCUGAACCCUGGUACCACAUGGGAAAGCUCCUGUGGCACCAGGGAGAAGCUUUGCAUGGUCAUAUCUCUUCCUCUCUCUAUCCAAAUGAAAUGUUAGUCCAGAACAUACAAAAAAAAAAAAAAAAAAAGAGGUGGAGGAGGAGGAUUAUUGAUGUGAACAGGGGACCUAGGGAGCAUGAACUAUGUCAAACUCACUCUUGCCCCAAAUAUAGACAAGGAGCAGCUCGGGUGCCAGGCAGUGCUGCCAAGGACACCUUUCUUCAGCUGUUCUCUGGAUUGUUUUGCUGUCGACACUGGGGCUUCGCCACUCCUAGCCAACUUUUCGAGACAGACACAGGAAGAGAGGGAGAGAUGUCACAGCAUCACGCUCUCCCCAGUGAGGCUCGAACCUGGGUCCCUGCAUGGCAAAGCAGGUACCCUUCCAGGUGAGCUGUCUUGCCAGGCCCUACUGUUCCCUGUUUUAUGCCCAGAAAUGACUCUGGAGUUUAGGUUGAUACUUUUGAUUGGGUAAGUCCUGGGUCUAGACGCAUAAUCAAUUCUGUAGUAUUGUCUUACAAUGACUAUUGCCAAGAUCAAGUUCAUUCCAGUUUCUGUGUCACUGCUGAACCUUGCUAUGGACUGAGCAGCCUGGAAAAUGAGUCUAGUUGUGACCCAACAGCUAGCUUCAGGGUGUCCUGGGUGAGUUGAGGGGCCAUUGAAUUGCUUCUUUUUCUAAAGUUUGUCUGAUUUUUCUUUGAAACAUGAGAACAAACACUAAGCCAGUAUUUUUCCUCCUUCCUGAAGUGAUGAGAAAUGUGAAUGACAUUGAUGCUAAUAAACUCUUGCAUAAAAAUUCCAA